UGUCGGAAAUAUUUUUUAUUUAACAUAUCAUUCCUGCAUUAAUAUAAAUUGUGAACCAGUAACGACUGGAUAAAACACAUUUUAAGAUUGAUUAAGAUCCAAAUGAUUCAGUACCGAGUGUGAACUUCUGCACGUGUUCAGAGAAGCACAUGGACUGAAGAGUUCUGCUUGAUAAAGUCAUGGCAGCAGCAGUGCACGAGACAGUCCUCAUCGGAGUAUGUGAUGGAGUUAUCGACAAGAAGAAAUACACAUCAUAUUGCACAAACAAAAUUGGAGAUAGACCGGACCUGCUUCCAGUAAUCACUCUGCAGCAUCCCACAUGCAGUCUGUGUCAGAGAGGCCUGUCCCACGUGGUGCAGGUCUACUGUCCUCUCGCUGCGUCUCCUUACCACAGAACCAUCAGUGUCUUCGCCUGCACCAAUCCACACUGCAGCGGUAAAUCAGAGAGUUGGAUAGUCCUGCGCUCUCAGUGCUUGGAGGAUGACAUCAAAGCAAGACAAGACGACAAAACCACGCCGUGUACAGAAUCUGCAAUGUCCAGGACAGACUGGUGUGAUGAAGCCGAUGACUGGGGGAUGGACGAUGAAGAACAAGUGGCUGAAAACGGCGUACAAAUACCAAAUGACUGUAUCGGUGAAGGAAAUGAUGUCAGCAGCAGGCUUCAGGACCUGUGCAUUGAUGGAGAUCAUCAUCAAAGCGCCCUCCAACCCAACGAUGUGCCUGUUUUCCAGCCAUUCUACAUAAGUGUAAUGGAAGAAACAGACUUGGAUGGCUUUCAUGACACGGAUCAUGAGAACGAACUGCUUAGAGCGUAUGAGGAGAGAGAGGGAGUGACAGUCGAGGAGAUUCAUAGUUGUGGAAGUGGGGGAGCCACUCAGGAGGAAUACGAGAAGGCCACGGCCAAGCAUGGAGAUGAAGUGUUCACCAGUUUCAUGAAGAAAAUCUCUCUUUGUCCUGAACAAGUGUUACGAUAUAGUUGGGCAGGAUCACCUCUGUUUAUAUCAGAGACUGUCUCUGAUGUUAUUCAGACGGUGCCGGUCUGUGCUCACUGCGGCAGCCCCAGAGUUUUUGAAUUUCAGCUCAUGCCAGCAUUGGUCAGUUUGCUCAGGAGUGUAGACACAGAUUCAGACGUUUCGCUCGAGUUUGGAACAGUUCUUGUGUACACUUGUAGAAACAGCUGUUGGAAAUCUGGAUCAGCGGCUCCAGUGGAAGAAUUUGCUGUCGUUCAGCCAGACCCAGACCAAAAGCUCUUCAAAUGAUAUAAAUUAUCAUCAUUAAAGAUUUUUUUUCAGUA